AUGUCUUCCAUGUUCGACCUGCCCAGCGCGAAACGGGUGCAUCGCGACGAGCUUCGAUCGCCAGAACAGUCGCCGCGAUCGACGCCAGACCGAGACAUCGAAGAACUUUUGCGCCAGCGCGUAUCCGCCCAAUAUGCAUUCACGACCACCGAGCAGCACAGCGACGGCUUGGAUGCCGUGCAGAGCGACGAGGACGAGACGGAGCUGCGCCUGUUCGCUGCACCAGCCAACGCUGCGCCUGCGACCGUGAAGGUCAGGCUGACAUCGCCCGGCCUGGACAAGGGAGAUGGGUCAGGCUUCUUAGUGAAGAAGCCAAAGAGCUACUACUUUGCCGAUGAGCCGACAAGCGACGAAGAGCUGGCGCUGCAGGCCUCUGCAAUUGAUGGGCGCACCGUCAUGGAACUAUCGAAGCUGCCGUGGCCGGCCUGUGCUGUGCCGUGGAAAGUGCGCACAAUCACAAAGGACGGCAUAAAGAAGGCGGUCCUCGUAGGGCACCCACCCAUGCUGGCUACGGUCGAGGGGAAAGACCACAAGCGGACACGGAAGGGCAAGAAGGCGCGAAUCGCGCUGAGGAAAAAGAAGCAGGCCAGCAAGGACAAGCAGGAAGAACGGAUCAAGCUUGCUGCAGAGAAGGAGGCCGCCGAGCGUGAGAAGAGGACCAGGCGCAACAGAGAGAAGAAGGUCAAGAAGAAGGCCAAGGCGCAGGCUAAGAAGGGCGAGGGUGACGACACCGGUGAGGGUGAGAUUCAACCGGUGGCGGUCGAGGCAGACGCAGACACAAUCAUGCAAGACUGA